UCUCAGCUGUGGGUGUCGUCCUAGUCCGCGCCAUGGAGUCUGGUCUGAUCAGGCGUUUAGCCCCGCGCCUGGGCAUCGCCGAGCUAGAGGUGCUGAGGAAAGCGGAGGAGUACUUGCGACUGUCCCAUGUGAAGUGUGCUGGCCUGUCUGCACGAACCACGGAAACCAGCAAUGCAGUCAUGUGCCUGGACCUUGCAGCUUCCUGCAUGAAGUGCCCCUUGGACAGGGCUUACUUAAUUAAACUUUCUGGCUUGAACAAGAAGAUGUAUCAGAGUUGUCUUAAAUCGUUUGAGUGUUUAUUGGGCCUGAACUCAAAUAUUGGAAUAAGAGACUUAGCAGUACAGUUUAGCUGCACAGAAGCAGUGAACUUGGCUUCAAAGAUACUGCAAAGCUAUGAGUCCAGUCUUCCACAAACACAGCAGGUGGAUCUUGACUUAUCCAGGCCGCUUUUCACCACUGCUGCCCUGCUUUCAGCUUGCAAGAUUCUAAAGCUAAAGGUGGACAGAAAUAAAAUGGCAGCCACAUCUGCAGUAAAAAAGGCCAUAUUUGAUCGACUCUGUAAACAGUUAGAAAAGAUUGGGCAGCAGAUUGACAGAGAACCUGGAGAUUCAGCUACUCCACCACAGAAGAAAAAGAAGACAGUGAUUGAACGUUCAGCAAAGGAAAUAGAGAAUGUAGUAGAGACCCUACAUAAACCGCAAAAAGGUGAAGAUCUGACACAAGAUUAUGAAGAAUGGAAAAGCAACAUUUUGGAAAAUGCUGCCAGAGCACAGAAGGCUGCAACACAGUGAUUUCAGCUUCCAGACUAACUUGUACUGCAAACCAGCAGUGCACCUGCCACCUCAAGGAAAAUGUGAGGACUUUGGAAAUUUGUGUAGACUUUUAAAACAAAGAUCCUAUUCUUAACAGCAAAGAAGCCAGCCUUGGGGCUCAGCAGGAUGGCUCUGAUAAUGGGCAGCAAAUUCAUUAGAUCAACCACAGUGCCUGGUUGACUCAGCCUUGGCUCCCCACAGGUCUGCACUCUGCAAAAUGUAAUUGAAGCCAUUUUGCAUUUUUGUUUUGUUUAAAGCAAAAGACAGUCGUCUGCCCUAUCCAUAAUAUGAAAUUCAGGCUGA